CUGAGUGAUGCCACGCCCAAGUGUGAAGGGGUGCGGCUGCGCAGCCACAGUGGGUUUUGACGGAGCCCCUCCCCUCCGCUCUGUUCUCCGCUGGGCGGGGACGCAGACAAACCCAAGGCCGGAGCGAUUCCAGGAGGACCUCGGUAGGUGGAUGUGAGCGUCUGGAUCCUCUCGGUUCCUUAAAGGGAAGCCAUCCGUCAUCUCGAGCACUAUGCUGUCCCCUCAGCGGGCUUUACUCUGCAACCUCAAUCACAUCCACCUCCAGCAUGUAUCCCUAGGCCUGCACUUGUCCCGACGUCCUGAACUACGAGAGGGGCCUCUGAGCACACCCCCGCCCCCAGGAGACACAGGGGGCAAGGAAAGCAGGGGGCCUUGCAGUGGGACCCUGGUGGACGCCAACUCCAACAGUCCGGCUGUUCCCUGCCGAUGCUGCCAGGAGCACGGACCCAGCAUAGAAAACCAGCAGGACCCUUCCCGGGAAGAAGAGGCUGCCUCGCCUUCUGAUCCGGGAUGCUCCUCCUCUCUCAGCUCUUGCUCAGAUCUUAGCCCUGAUGAGUCCCCAGUGUCAGUCUACUCUCGAGAUCUGCCUGGUAACGAGAAUGCCCACCCUCAGUCCAGCAUCUUCCCCUUGGAGCUGGGCUCUUCUCUGCCUCCAGCUGGCCCUAGCACCUGCUCUCCAGACAGCUUCUGCUGCUCUCCUGAUUCUUGCUCCGGAAUCUCUUCCCCGCCUGGACCUGGCCUGGACUCGAACUGCAACGCCCUGACCACCUGCCAGGACCUACCUUCCCCAGGCUUGGAGGAAGAGGAAGACAGUGGGGAACAGGAUCUUGCUACCUCUGAGCUCUCAGAGACCGAAGAUGGGAGAAUCGACGCAGGGAAAGCAGAGCCCAGUUGGAAAAUUAACCCUAUUUGGAAAAUCGACACAGAGAAAAAUGAAGCUGGGUGGAAAGCCAUCGAGGACAGUGACUCUGGUUGGAAAAUCGAUGAAAAUAAAAACUCGAGCUUGGAAACGGAAACUGGGAAAUCGUCUUCUUGUUUAAACACUAAUUCUGGUUCGAAAAUAGAUGCAGGGAAAUCUGAUGGGGGAUGGAGAGGUGACGUCAGCCAGGAGCCGGUGCCCCAUCGGACUAUCACGUCCUUCCAUGAGCUGGCCCAGAAACGCAAGCGGGGUCCGGGGCUGCCCCUUGUGCCGCAGGCCAAGAAAGAUCGCAGCGACUGGCUCAUAGUCUUCUCGCCGGACACUGAGCUCCCGCCGACUGGGUCCCUGGGAGGUCACUUAGCACCUCCCCGAGAAGUCACCACCUUCAAGGAACUCCGGUCUCGAAGCCGAGCCCAGCCGCCGCCAGUCCCGCCCCGGGACCCUCCGGCUGGGUGGGCUUUGGUCCCACCCCGACCGCCACCUCCUCCUGUCCCUCCGCGGAGGAAGAAGAAUCGACUUGCGCUGCAGCCCAUCGCAGAGGGGCUGCCGGAGGAGGGGAGGGAGGGCAGCCCGGCGGUUGGUGAGGAGGCACCCGCCGCACAGGAGCCGGAGGAGCCGCGCCCGCACGCCGUGGCCGGUCCCCCGCUAUUCCCUCGGCCCCCGGUUUUCCGGUUUUCGGCCGACGGGCGCCCUCUGUUGGAGGGUGGGGGCGCGGGCUCACCCGGGCCUCUGCUCUUUACGCCUCUAACCGGGUGGCCCAAUACCCGGCUGCGGCUGCUAGGGGCAGCGAGUCCCCCGGAGGAGCCGCUGCUGCCUGUGCGCCUAUCCCCAGUGGGAGCCUAUUCUCCUCCCACGCGGGGGGCCUUGCCUUGCCUGGCCAGCCCCGAGCUGGCCCUGCUGCUAUCCCCGCUCUUCCCCAGAAGUAGCACCUUCCCCGCCGCGGCGCCCCCACCCCGCCAGGUUCCCGUCCCCCCGCUGCCAUCACCACCGCGUCCGCCGACCGCCCCUCGCUGGACCAGAAGGCCACCGCCUCCGCCCAGGCAACUGCGCAGUUCCUGGUCAUUUGGCGGUGUUCCCGGGGCCCAGCGGCUGUGGAUGGCAGAAGCCCAGAGUGGGACUGGACCCCUGCAGGAGCAGAAGAAAGGUCUCUUGAUCGCUGUCAGCGCUUCAGUGGACAAAAUCAUCUCUCAUUUUGGGGCUGCUCGGAACUUGGUUCAGAAGGCCCAGUUGGGGGAUAGCCGGCUGAGUCCGGAUGUGGGGCAUCUGGUACUGACCACCCUCUGCCCGGCCCUCCAUGCUUUGGUGGCUGAUGGGCUGAAGCCGUUCCGGAAGGACCUCAUCACUGGGCAGCGUCGGAGCAGCCCUUGGAGCGUGGUGGAGGCGUCUGUGAAACCAGGGUCCUGCACACAUUCCAUGGGAUCGCUGUAUAGCCAGGUCAGCCGACUGACCCCUCUCAAUAGCAGCCGCAGCCGCUUCCACGCUUUCAUCUUGGGCCUCCUUAACACCAAGCAGUUGGAACUGUGGUUUUCCAGCCUUCAGGAGGAUGCAGGCCUGCUAUCCCUCUUGUAUCUGCCCACCGGAUUCUUCUCCCUGGCGUGUGGCAGCUGUCCAGCCCUGUCCACAGAGCUGCUGCUACUGCUGCAGCCGCUGUCGGUGCUCACCUUCCACUUGGACUUGCUUUUUGAACACCACAACCACCUGCCCCUGGGCCUGCAGCAGGCUCCUGCCCCGCCAGGGCCCCCUCCUGCCCUCCAGCAGACUAUGCAGGCUGUGCUGCACUGGGGGGGCCGCUUGGCUCAGAGUUUCCGGGGGACUUCAGGGGAGGAGGCCACCGCAGCAGACUCUUCAGCCCCGUCCACCCGCCCUCCACCAGGCAGCUGGUGGGAUCAGCUGACCCAAGCUUCUCGGGUCUAUGCCUCUGGGGGCACUGAGGGCUUUCCUCUUCUCCGGUGGGGACCCAGGCGCCGUGGGACUACAGCUGAGGGUGCCCAGGAGGCUCCCCCACCUGCAGAACCAACCACACCGGGCAGAAGUGUGUGGUUGGGGCGGCUUUUUGGUGUGCCUGGGGGCCCCUCAGAAUCUGAAAGUGGAGCCUUCAAGUCCAGGAGACCGUCCAGCUGGUUGCCCCCAACAGUGAGUGUGUUGGCUCUGGUCAAGCGGGGGACACCGUCUGAGGUCCCUCCUGAGGAGCUUGUGGACUCACUGGCCAGCACUGGGCAGGCUGACAGGGCAGUCCGGGCUCUCUGUGACCACACUGCUGCAGGACCUGAUCAGCUGAGCUUCCAGCGUGGGGAUGUGCUCCGUGUCAUUGCCACAGUGGAUGAGGACUGGCUUCGCUGUGGGCGCGAUGGUGUGGAGGGGCUGGUGCCAGUGGGAUACACCUCUCUUGUCCUCUAGCUCUGGGCCCUGUUCCCUUUUCCUAGGAAAGGAAUGGCUCAUGAAUACUGGCCAUGUGAACUGACCAGCAUUCCAGAAGCAUUUUUUUCCCCCUUCUACAAACCUCACUUUUCUUCCCAUAACCAUUUCUGUGGACAGUUAAAAAUAAAUCUUCCUUCCUCCCUCAAUACCCACCUGUUAGGGUGAAAUCUGCUCUUGCAAACAUGUAAACGGGCUUCCCGUCCACAGGAUUCCUUUCUCCUUGUCCAUCUGCGCAAGGGAACGCUGCCCUUCCUAUCUGCAAAUCAGUAUCUAUCCCUCCACCUUCACCCAAGUGGACUGUGCCAGUAUAGUACACACGCCCCUGUCCCCAAGCCCGCAGGAUCCUGGUCUCCUCACUGUCAAUCCCUAGCCCCUGCUGCCUGUAUUUUAAGAUGUACUCCUGCUGUGCUAAAGUGCUAGUUGGAAGCCUGGGCACCCCUGGAGGGUGGGCCUGUGGCAUUGGUCUGCCUCUUUCCUUCCUAGCCCCAAUAAAAUGUGGGAGUUGAACAGAUACGUGUUCCUGUGGGUUUC